GCGCCGCAGCCCGCGGGCGCGGCGGGGCGCUCGAGGCGGGGCGGCGGCGGCCAUGCUGGAGCCGGCGGCGCGGCUGGCGCUGGGCGCCGGCGAGCUGGCGGCGGCGGCGGCGCUGGCGCUGGCGGAGCGGCUGGCCGUGCUGCCGGCGUGGCUGCUGGCGCUGCCCUGGCCGGCGCUGGUGCUGGGCGCGGCGGCGGCGGCGCUGCUCGCCCUGCGGGGGCUGCGCCGCGCCCGGGCCGCGCCGGGGCCGCACGCCGCCGCGGGGGAGGCGCACGAGGACGCGGAGGAGGAGGAGGAAGGCGCGGCGGCCGGCGGCCGCAGGGCCGGGGCGCUGCCGGGGCGGCCGCGGGAGCAGCAGCGGCGCCCGCCGCAGGUGCCAGUGAAUGGUCAGCUUAUAACAGCCAGCAUCAGAGAGAAAAAGCUCCUCAAGCCUAAGAAGAAGAAGAAGACCCAGUGCUCCGAAAAGGGAGUAUCCGAAGACCUGCUUUCUGUGGAAAAAGACAGACUGCAAGAGGAGGAAGGAGUUUGGCAGACCAAGAUCAGCAGCCGAGAAAAGAGACACUUAAGGAAGGAACGGCUGAAACAAAAAGAAGACCCCAGCAGGGCAUCACGGGGUAACUCCGUGGUCGAGCCGGCCUUUGACUGGGAUGAGAAGGGAACGGUGUGGCCACGUGCAGCGAGUGCGGCAGAGGACACCGGUGGCAGUGGGAAAGGUGCUCCUGUGGCAAAGGCAGAGUGCCGGACUGCGCUGAAGACCUCAGAAGAAUCUGUGCCUUCCCAGUCAGAAGAGGAUGUUUUUUGCAAUGUAGGUACAUGGGAUAUUGCAGAAGUAAAAUCCUGUCCUGUGACUUUUGGGACUUUAUCAGAGCUGUCCAGGGAGUUAGAUAACGUGAAGAGCAAAUCCUCUGAGAACAGUCCUUCCAGAUACUGCUGGAAGGCCAGUGCGCCUUUCCUCACGGCAGAUGAUGUAUGGCAGGGGCACGAUGAUCCUUCAGCAAUUGACCUCGACUCUGACUGGAAAGCUCCCACAGAGGAGUGGGGAAACUGGACAGGAGAUGAGGGGCAUCAGAUGGGAGAUGAGAAGGAGAAGGGUUUGCCAAAAGGCAAAGAAGACAUUCAUUUCUGUCUUUCUGGACACGAAAGCAAAAUGCAGCGGAAGAAGAAGAAAACUGAAGUGAAGGAAGUGAAGGGUAGAGCUGGACUGAUGCACCCCCAGCAAUGUUUGGAAGCAAGAGCGAAGGAAGGCCCAAGGGAGUUGAUAUCUACAAAACAUACCAGUGAUACAGUCUGUGCUUCUUUCAAAAUAUCCUUGGAUGUGGCUAAUAAUUCACCCAAUAUUGAUGUACCUGGAAAAAAGGAGAGGAGGAAGAGGAAGAAAAUGAAGAAAGAGACUUGAGGGAGCUGUGUAGCUGACAGAGUGAAAACCAAGUGGGGGCAGGCGUGCUGAUUAGCUGCAAGGAUUCUGCUUUCUGUGAUGCCGCCCUGAGCCCAAAGCAAAGAGAGGAUCUACAAGACUUCCCAGCGGGUGGAAGAGGAGAACAGGAGCAGUGAGCUAGAGACAGUGAGAGCGUGUGAGCGGAAGGAGAGAAUGGGCUCACUGUGCCCAGACGGUGGUGUCGAAACAGAAUGGCUGUUAAUAACCAAUUACUGCCCAUGGUUAAAAAACUGUUGAGUGGAUUUUGACUGGUUGCAUUAAAUCCUUUCAUUUUUUCACUGUCGUGCUGUUUGUCAAUUUGUAAUGUUACCUGCCGUUGUAGGAAUGGUCGGAGCUCCAGAGCUGCCUGUGAUUAUCCUUUGAUUCCAGGGAGGAUCCACCAGUUGGUCUGGCCUCCUCUGGCAUUUUUGCAGAUGUGCUCAUUGACAGGCUAGUAAUGUACAGAAGAAAGCAUUGUUCAGAGACAAAGGAAGAAUAACACAGGUCAUUCUCAAACCUCACAAAUCUUUUAAAUUCUUGUUGGCUGCUACAGUCAAACUUCUGCCUCAUACAUUGACAUAUUUAUGCCUUUCACCCUAUGCUCAGGCUAGCUUGCUCCAAAAGUGAAAAUUUCUAAAGGAGGUUUUAAACUUAUUUGGAAAGAUAGUAUAAACCUUUUUUUCCUCCUCAGUUUUCAUGGUGGGCUAAAGUUUAAAGUUCGUGUGUCCAAAGCAUGUUGUAUUUGCUGUACUUAGAGUAGAUUGAAGUAGCUUUUUGAGAUCGUUUUUCUGAUCUGAUGUUUGGAAGUUUUUAUCGUUUUGUUACUUAAGUAUUCUAAUAUAAACUACAUUUGUGAAUGAAUUUUUUUUUUAAAUGUCAGUUUAGUACUUAUUGAAGAGCAUGUAUUUCUCAUUGUCAGAGAGCUUAUAGCAAGGAGGAGGGAAUAUGUUACAAUUGAAUCUUGCAGUUUAUAAACAGCACCAGACUGACACCACUAAAAACCGAAGCCCUUUAUCCCUAGAGGAGGUGCAGCACUGGUGGUAGCUGUGAUGGUUUCUUCAGACUGUCCUGAGAAUGUGCCUCAGCCUAACCCAUUUUAGAAGUGCUGCCUAGAAGGAGAUGACAAUUCUCAGAUCUCCGUCUGCAUUCAACCCUGUGCCAUUGGAGAUCGUGUGGGAAGAUCACAAUUACUAAUGCAUGUUAAACAUAUGCUUGUUCAUAGGGAUUGGGCUGAUGCUCUGAAAUGCAUUUCAUUGUAGGACACUGAGUAACCAUGGAUGCCAACAGCUUUGAACUUCCGCAGCAGCACUCCUUUUGGCAUUGCUGAGCCAGAGGAGAGCUCUGUAUUUCUGCCAUCUCAACCAUCGCGUCCCUGACACUGGCUUGUUUUGAGCUUUACCUAAAGCUCAGCAUCUUUACCGGAUAGCCUUCAUCUGUUCCACAGCUUCCAAAGCAACUGUGUCCUCCAAAUAAGCAAUUAACCACAGCAAUGUAUUUAUGUAUUUAAAUUUGAUUACUAUAUGUAAAGGGACAGUUCUCUUCUGCUGUGAUUUUUUAGGGAUGCUAGCUUUACAGUGUGCCCUGAAGUUUAGCAAAGCAGGAUUAUUUCAGAAAAAGGUGAGCUGAGUUAAUUAGGUCUUAACUGAUGCCAUUUAUCAGCCCAGUGUCUAGAAUCUGCACAUCUUGCUGUAAGAAAAAUACAGGCAAUUUCUGAAUGGAAUGAAUAGAUCAAAUGAUUUUUUAUCUGGAAAGUAAUUGGUUCAAAGCAAAUGCACAACAAGAACACACAUGGGCUCGCUGGAGAAACAAGUAUAACAAGUUCAAAGAUACAGAAGAUGGCUUAAUGAGCAUGUAGGUAAUGAUUAAAAUUCUAACUCUGAAGCCAGUGGAAAACAUCCAUUGACCUCAUUGUGGCCAGGAUGUUGCCCAAGGUCUUUAUUUAGCAUUGGAGAUAACCUCUGUCAACAAAAAAAAAAAGGAGGGGGGAGAAUGAAGGAGAUAAAAUAUUUGUUGACUCCAGAUUUCAUUUACUUUUCUCUCUAUGUCUGCUUGCAAACUUUUCAAUGGCUGUAUAAUCAUUUUUUAAUUCAACAUAUUACAGUAUUUCAAAUGUUCAUUGUUUUUAUAAUAAAAAUCAAAACUUUUGCCCAAA